UGCCCGGCAUGAAGUACUCGACCUUGCUAGUUCUGGGUCUCCUUUUGGCCCUGGCCCUCGGUUGCCAAGCCAAAUCAAAGUCCAAGUCGAAGAAAAAAAAGCAAAAGGAGGCGAUCCUGCCACUCGCCGAAUCCUGCAAGGCGGCCAACUGCAAGCUCCCCGAUUGCCGCUGCUCCGAUGCAGUUCUGCCCAUAUCCAAGUUCCAGGGAAAAGAAAACGAGAUUCCGCAGUUCGUGACGAUUACUUUCGAUGAUGCCGUGAAUGCCGUGAACUACGCCCAGUACGAGCUGCUCUUCGAGGGACUGGUGAAUCCGGAUGGCUGUGGGGCAGCCGGAACCUUCUUCCUGUCGCACGAGUACACGGAUUAUGUGCGGGUGAAUGCCCUCUAUAGGGCUGGUCACGAGAUUGCCCUGCACUCGGUGACCCAUGGCGAUGGUACGGAUUACUGGCGAUCGGCGGAUGUGGCCACCGUGGAGCGCGAAUUUGGAGCGCAGUUGAAAAUGCUGGAGGCCUUCGCCAAGGUGGAUCCCAAGAGGGUGCAGGGAAUGAGACUGCCGUUCCUCCAGAUCUCGGGCAACAACACCUUCGUGGCAGCUCGUCGUCUGGGUCUGAGCUACGACAGUUCCUGGCCCACGCAGCAGUUCAAGGACCCGGCCAUGUGGCCCUACACCCUGGACUACAAGUCGCAGCAGGACUGCCAGAUCGGUCCCUGUCCACAGGCCUCGAUUCCCGGACUGUGGGUCAAUCCCAUGGUGACGUGGACCGACACCGAGGGCUACAGCUGCUCCAUGAUCGACGCCUGUGUGUAUCCGCCGGAGGACGACGUGGACGAGCUGUUCUACUGGAUGCUGGAGAACUUCAACAGGCACUAUCUGGGCAGUCGGGCGCCCUUCGGAAUGUAUCUGCAUGCAGCUUGGUUUUCGCGGGGUCGCAACUACUUUGGCGCCUUCAAAAAAUUCAUCAACCACCUGAACACCUACCCGGAUGUGUAUUUCACCGGCAUUUCGCGGAUGCUGGAGUACGUGAAGAGGCCCGUGCUCGGAGCUCCGUUCAAGGACUGUCCCGAACUGCCGGAGGCGGAGUGCCGGGCGGUCCAAUGCCGCGUCCAGAAGAUGUCCACCGGAGAGGAGCGCUACAUGAGCGUGUGCGACAAGUGUCCGGCCGUCUAUCCCUGGCUGGACAAUCCUCUAGGACAGCAGCAGUAAGCCCGCCAGCCAUUGGCCAAUAAAGAGUGUACACAGAGAACAA